AUGUCAUCACUAGCAGCAACUCAAGCUGAUGGGUAUUAUUAUCCGACCGACUGGCGACCCGAGCAUGGGUCACUCAAUCACUUUCACCAGUCACAUCCAUUGGGGAAACGUGCAAAAGAUCUUGCAAGUGAUGGUGUCUUGAUAGUACGCUUUGAAAUGCCAUUUCAUGUCUGGUGUACACACUGUGAGGAACAUAUUGGACGAGGUGUGCGGUUUAAUGCACGGAAGAAGAAAGUCGGUCAGUAUUUCUCUUCUACUGUGUGGGAAUUUCGUAUUAGCUGCGCCAAUUGCAGUGGUGAGCUAGUGAUCAGGACAGAUCCAAAAGAGCGCAGCUAUGAGCUCGUGAGUGGCCUCCUGAAGAAAGCGGAUGCAGAAAACGUCGAAGAGCUACAGACAGAGCGUCUGAAUGAACCAGGACUGGCUGUGAAGCUCCAGAACGACCCAUUCUUUAGGCUUGAACAUGAAAAGGAAGACCAGAGAACAGCCAAGAAGCGCUCGCGAGGGCUUGAGGCGCUCAUGCAGCUCCAGGAUGCCGAGUUUAAGGACGACUUUGCUAGCAACUCGGCGCUUCGAGCACAAUUUCGAAGCAAAAAGAAACAUCUUGAGAGCAACCAACAAGAGGCAAAGCGGCUGGGGAUUGGUAUUCCACUACUUGAUGUGCAUCCAGACGAUGUGUUGACGUCUAGAACAGUCGUGUUUAAGGGCAUUUCCCAGAAGCGCCGCCCUUCAAGUCAUCGACGGUCAGGAAAACUGCAUUGUCAAACACCUGCUCUAGCUGCGAGUGUGGACUCGUUUCAACAUUUUGGUGACCCUACAGGGUCUCAGUUGCAGCGCCUGAAAGUGAUCAAACGAGCUGCCAAGAAGCGGCCACCACCAUUGAGAAAAUGA